UGCAGACGCUGUAGAGUGAAGUAUUGUGGGAUACUCGUAACAGUUAUGCUGUGUUUUUCGCACGGAGAAUGCCGAGUUAGUGUGUAACGCUAGCUUUCAAGGAUUUACAAGGAUUUCUCCAGGAUGAAGAGUGUUUUCGUUCUUACUGAAAAGACCUGGGCGGGUUCUAACCUACUAUAUAAGUGGCAGAGAACCCUUGGCAAUUACAUUGCUGUUGCAGGACAGGACAACUCAGUGAAAAUAUUUGAUAGACAUGGACACAAGUGGACUGAAAUUAACCUGCCAGGGCGCUGUGUGGGUAUGGACUGGGAUAAGGAUGGAGACAUUUUGGCAGUAAUCACUGCCAAAUCCAGCUCUAUCUACCUCUGGGACGCCAGUGUCAGUAAAACAUCUCAGAUAGACAGUGGCAUGAAAGAUCAAAUGUCAUUCAUCCUGUGGUCAAAGACAAGCCCACUGUUGGCAGUUGGAACAGUCAAAGGAAAUCUGUUGAUCUACAAUCAACAGACAUCACGCAAGAUCCCCAUUCUGGGUAAACACACUAAAAAGAUCACCUGUGGGUGCUGGAAUUCCCAUAACCUGCUUGCUCUGGGUAGUGAUGACAACACGUUGAGCAUCAGCAAUCACGAAGGGGACACCAUCAGGCAGACAGGACUUCGUGGUGAGCCUGCUGAAAUUUACUUCUCAGUGAUGAAGACUGAUGAAAGGUCCUCUCAAGGAGAGAACACUGUGAGUGUGUCUGUGGGCAAGAAGAUACUGAUUCUUUUCAAUAUCAAUGACCCAGAAGAUCGGAUAGAUUUGACUUUUCAGCAUCGCUAUGGAAACAUUGUGUCCUAUCGCUGGUUUGGUGAUGGGUAUAUACUUAUUGGCUUCUCCCAUGGAUACUUUGUGGUUAUUUCUACUCACAUCAGUGAGAUUGGUGAAGAGCUCUACCAGGCUCACAACCAUAAAGAUAGUCUUAACAGUGUGGCCAUUUCUUCAACACUAAAUAAGGCUGCUUCCUGUGGAGACAACAGCAUUAAAAUCCACGAGCUGUCUGAGCUCAAAGAUAUCAGCAAUGUUAUUCAGUUGGAUGAUGAGACUAAAGGGCUAGAUCAGCUGAGCUGGACAGAUGACGGACAGCUUUUGGCAGUUUCCACGCAGAAAGGGACUCUUCAUGUUUUCCUGACCAAACUUCCCAUUCUGGGUGGCAGUUUUGGUACCCAGCUGGCCUACCUCACCUCUCUGCUAGAGGUCACUGUGUCCAACCAGGUGGAAAGGGAGAAUCCUGUGUCCAUAGAAGUGGACGUAGAACCAACCUUCAUUGCGGUGGGACCAUACCAUGUGGCCGUUGGUAUGAACAACAGAGCAUGGUUCUAUGCACUGGUAGAACAAGAACCUGGUUUUAUUAAGCUGAAAGAUGUUGAGUAUUUGGGAACGAUAGCCAGCAUGUGCCUUAACUCAGACUAUGCAGCAGCACUAUUUGAAGGAAAGGUGCAGCUGCACAUGAUCGAGGGCAAAGACCAGGAGGAGAGGAAGCAGAUGAAGUUGUUCCCAGAUGAUGACCGACAGGGUCGGAUCCUCUGUCACGCCCUUACCACUGACUUCCUGUACUACAGCACUGAUUCAGGUAAUGUGAUAUGUGUCUUGGUGGAAGAGUUGGAGACUGUGAACAGCUACAGCCAUUCAGUUGGUGUAAGGAAGGUCUUCCCUGACCUAAAUGGCACACACCUGGUGUUUAUCGAUGACAAGAACUGUGGCUUCUUACUUUCCCCUGCAAAUGCCACAGAUUCCUGCUUUGAGCUCCCAAAUUUCUCUCCCACCAUCACAGGAGUGCUGUGGGACAACUGGCAUGCUGAUAGAGGAGUGUUUGUAGCUUAUGAUGACGACAAGGUCUACACUUAUGCUCUGCAUAAAACCACUGUCUAUGGUCCACGAGUGGUGUUGGUGGGAAGCACUGCGCUUCUCUUUUCCCAGAAACCGUUGCUUUUGUACAACGGGGAGCUGACCUGUCAGACAACGAGCGGCAAGACCAGUGAUGUGCUCCUCAGCACACACUCCUUCCUCAAGUAUUCUGUCAGCGCGCCAACAGAAUCAUUGCCAGAGAUUAGCAAGCAACUCGCCCAGGCACUCAUGCUCAAGAGGCUCCAUGAAGCCUGGGAUCUAUGUAAGGCUGCAGGCAGUGCCGCAGACUGGGCAGAGUUAGGCCAAGCCUGCAUGGUCCACAUGGAGGUGGACCUGGCUAUACAGGUGUACCGUAUGAGUGGCAAUGUGGGCAUGGUCCUAUCACUGCAAGGCAUCCAGGGUAUAGAUGACAUGAAUUUACUGGCAGGGCAUUUGGCCAUGUUUCUGGGUGACUACAACCUGGCUCAGGACCUGUAUCUGUCCUCAAACAGCCCCAUCGCUGCCCUGGAGAUGAGAAAAGACCUGUUGCACUGGGACAGUGCUCUUAUGUUGGCCAAGAGGCUAGCGGAGGACCAGAUUCCCUUUAUAUCCAAAGAAUAUGCAGCUCACCUGGAGUUUGUUGGAGACUAUGUAAAUGCUUUGGCACACUAUGAGAAAGGCAUGACCCACAAUGAAAAAUUCCAGGACCACGAAGAGGCCUGUCAGGCAGGUGUAGCCAGGAUGUCCAUCAGAAUGGGGGACAUCAGGAGAGGAGCUGCGCAGGCGAUUCAACACCCAAGUAGAGUCCUCAAGAAGGAAUGUGGAGCCAUUCUGGAGAGUAUGAAGCAAUUUCCUGAAGCUGCUCAGCUCUAUGAGAAAGGCCAGUAUUAUGACAAGGCUGCUUCUGUCUACAUUCGUUACAAGAACUGGGUGAAGGUGGGAGAGCUGCUCCCACAUGUCUCCUCCUCCAAGAUCCAUCUGCAGUACGCCAAGGCCAAGGAGGCAGAUGGAAAGUAUAAGGAGGCAGUACGGGCUUAUGAGAGUGCAAAGGACUGGGACAACAUGAUCCGCGUUCUACUGGAUCACCUGAACAACCCAGAGGAAGCUGUUCAGACUGUCAGGGAGACACAGAGCAUCGACGGAGCAAAAAUGGUUGCUAGGUUCUUCCUGCGACUGAACGACUAUGGCUCAGCCAUUCACUUCCUGGUUCUGUCUCAGUGCAAUGAUGAAGCCUUCCAACUGGCACAGCAGCACGGACAAAUGGAGGUUUACGCAGACAUCAUUGGCCCUGAGGCCACACAGGAGGAUUACCAGAGCAUCGCUCUUUACUUUGAGGCAGAAAAGAAACACCUGCAGGCUGGCAAGUUUUUUCAGAAGUGUGGGCAGUACAGCAGAGCCUUGAAACAUUUCCUGAAGUGUCCCAACUCUGAAGACAACUUGGCAGUUGAGAUGGCUAUUGAGACGGUGGGUCAGGCCAAAGACAGUUCCCUGACAAGUCAGCUGAUUGAUUACCUGAUGGGGGAAAGUGAUGGUAUUCCCAAGGAUGCCAAGUAUCUGUUUCGUUUGUACAUGGCCCUUCAGCAGUACAGAGAAGCUGCUCGCACCGCCAUCAUCAUCGCCAGAGAAGAGCAGUGUGCAGGAAAUUAUCGCAACGCUCAUGAUGUGCUGUUCAGCAUGUACACAGAGCUUCAGGCCCAGAAGAUUAAGAUCCCUGCUGAGAUGGCCACCAACCUGAUGAUCCUUCACUCCUACCUGCUUGUCAAGAUUCAUGUGAAGAGAGGAGAUCACUUAAAAGGGGCACGCAUGCUAAUUCGUGUCAGCAACAAUAUCAGCAAGUUUCCUGCUCAUGUUGUUCCCAUUCUGACGUCGGCUGUCAUCGAGUGUCACCGUGCUGGGCUGAGGAAUUCCGCCUUCAGCUUUGCUGUCAUGCUGAUGAGACCAGAGUAUCGAAACGAGAUUGACGCAAAGUACAGAAAGAAGAUUGAGGCCAUGGUCCGUCGUCCUGAUACAUCAGAGCUGGAGGAAGAAACUACUCCUUGUCCCUUCUGUGGCUUCCAGUUAUCCCAGAACGAGCUGCUGUGUAUCUCCUGCAAGAACAACCUGCCCUACUGCAUCGUCACGGGUCGCCACAUGUUGAAAGAAGACUGGUCCAUGUGUCCUCACUGUGAAUUUCCUGCUCUCUACUCUCAGUUCAUUCUGUUGCUGGAGACAGAGACCACAUGCCCCAUGUGUUCUGAGACUUUGAGUGUCAAUCAGCUGAAAAAGAUUUUAGAUUGUUCCACAUACCUUCACAACGAUCAACUGGAUCAAUAACAAAUGUAUAUAAAUGUUACACCUGGUGAAAUUCUAUUUGUAUACAUAAAUGAUAUUUUCGAGAAUUUA